AAAAUUAAUAUGCAAACAUAUCCGGCAAAUAAAAGCGACAUCUAGACUAUUGACGUCAAAAAAAAACCUAUGCUACAAAAUGAUGUCUUGAUCUUGACAUGGGGAAUCAAAAAUACUAAUAAUGAUUAUUGGUGACAUGUACAGUUAAAAUAAGACUGAAAAAAAUAACAAGAGAUUAUAUAAAUAAUAAUAAUAAUAAUGAAAAUGGACUACAAUAAAAUACACCCUGAUGAUGAAAGGGAUAGUGGAAUGAGAUUACUCUGUUUUGACGUUACCAAAUGUAGUGAUAAAGCCAGAUUUAUUUGGUGUUCAGUUGGUGUAUUUUUUUUUUACAUAAUCUAUGGAUACCUUCAGGAAUUAAUAUUUAGUUUAGAUGGAUUCCGACCUUACGGCUGGUAUUUGACAUUAAUACAAUUUGCUUAUUACACAGUAUUUGGAAUUGUUGAAUCAAAAUUACGAAGUGUAACACGAAGAAUUCCAUUGUCAACUUAUAUUAUUUUAGCAUUUUUAACAUUAGGAACAAUGGGAUUUUCAAAUUCAUCUCUUGGAUAUUUAAAUUAUCCUACUCAAGUAAUAUUUAAAAGUUGUAAAUUAAUUCCAGUUUUAAUUGGCGGAAUAUUAAUCCAAGGAAAGCAGUACGGGCUAUUAGAUUUUAUUGCCGCUGGUUUUUUGUGUGCUGGACUAGUAUUAUUUACACUCGCUGACAGUAUGGUAUCUCCGCGAUUCAGUAUUAUCGGUGUGAUGAUGAUAUCAUCAGCACUUUUAUGUGAUGCCAUUAUAGGAAAUGUUCAAGAGAAAGCAAUGCGACAAUACAAAGCAACAAAUACUGAAAUUGUUCUUUACUCAUACAGCAUUGGAUUUUUAUAUUUAUUUAUCAUAUUAUUUACAACUGGUGAAUUAAAAAAAGGAGUUACAUUUUGUGCUGACUAUCCAGUAGAGACUUAUGGUUACGCCUUUUUAUUUUCAAUAUCUGGAUAUCUUGGGAUCCAGAUGGUCUUGACUCUGGUCCAGAGCAGCGGCGCAUUUGUAGCAGCUACAGUGACCACUUGCCGCAAAGCCGUUACCAUAACGUUAAGUUUUAUAUUUUUUUAUAAACCAUUUACAAUGCAAUAUUUAUGGUCUGGUUUAUUAGUUCUACUAGGAAUAUAUUUAAAUAUUAAAAGUAAGCAACGUGGUGGUAAUAAAUUAUCACUGAAAACAAUAUGGUCUUAUGCUCAACGAUGCUGGUCAAAACACAAUGAAAUUCAACGACAGUUAAUGAUGAAUGUAUGAUAAGUAAUUAGUAUUGAUAAUAAUUACAAUAAAGUUUUAUAAUAAAUAAAUAAAAUAAUAAAUUUUAACUGAUAAAUUUUCCA